CGCGAAUGUAUUCUAAAAACGAUAUUGCUUCCCUCGUCAGCGAGGCCCCGCCAUUAAUCACCCGUGCACGGCGCGCUCUUAAUUGCCUGGGGCCCUCGACCUGCUUGCAGAACUACGACACUCUGAGCAAGGGCAAGAAGUCAUGGAGCGUGCGGCUGGGUCUGUCACGGCAGCACCAGAGCCCGGAUGACCCCGGCAAGGGUUGGGGCACCAUAAGCGGCGGCAGCGUGAUCUCCCGCCAGAUGAUCUACGGCGAUCCGUGGCUGUACGGCACGGUGCGAUCGUCGUCGUCGCGUUCCGGACACGACCCGCGGCCCUUCCUCACACCGCCGCCGCCGCCGGGCGCGCCGUUGCUCGUGGUAUGUUCCUGCCCGGAGUUCCUCACCGGCACCGUCAGGAAACUCGGCAGCUGCCGCAAAUGCGGCGGCCACCGGCUGGCCGGGGUGCCGUUCGGCGGUACUUGCCGUUUGCCGCCCUCCUCGAGGUCCAGGCCCAGUCUCGCUGGUGUGUUGAGGGCCUCGAUCGACGAUCCUUACGAUCAGAUGCGACGGAACCGGCUGGUGGAGCCGAGAUCGCGAGCGCGCAGCAUCUCGCCGCACCGGUCGUCGUCGCAGCGCGACUCUCGGAGUCAGAGCGUGAUCGCACGUGCUGCGAAGGAGCGGAAGAGCACGGGCGAAGGCACCACGUCGUCCGCGAGGUCCGAAUGGUUCGACAAGGAGCCAAGCACGGCGAGCUACGAUGAGACCGCCGCGACGGCCAACGUGCGCAAAUCCCGACCCGGUUUCGCCGUCGGUGCAUCUUCGGACGAUUGGAAACUGAGAGACGAAAGCACCGGGACGGAGAGCCACCCGCGGAUUCACUCCAACGCGACGACGUCCGCGAGGCUGGCGCGUGUCUCAAAAAAGCCGACGAGGGACACGAGGAAGCAGUGGCUGGACGCCGGUGGUCAACAAACGUCUGAGGUGACGAGCAGUCAACGGCGGAGCAACCAGGACGAGUGGAAGGACGCGACGACGACGUCGGUCGCGGACUCCCGCCGGAGUAUCCUCGAGUGCGACGUGAAUCCGUAUCUGUUGUUGAAGAAGCAGAAGGACGAGGACGACUUGAGCGACGAUCUGUCGGACAACGCUCUGGAACAGGACGACCUCCGUGCGCCGUCCAGUCUGUUCGACCCCUCCAAGGUGAAGUCCAUCGAAAGGAUACCCAACAGAAGCGCGGUUGCGGCGAUCGGUGGCCAACGGAUCCGCGUGUUCAACGAGCCGCGGGAGAUUUCGGACGACGAUGAUAUUGACGUGCCUCCGGUUACCAGGAUCCCGAUUCCGAAGGUCUCGCCGAAGAGACCGCCGAGGCGGCUGAAAGAAGCUCGGCAAACGCUCAAGAGUAUCCUCAAGCGCGGCCGUGUGAUCGAGAGCAAACGGAAGAACGUUCUGUUCAACGUGGACAACGUGAUAUUCGCGCCCGAGAAGCCGUCGGAGGCGACACGACUGUCUUGGAGCCGACUCGGCAGAAUUGUUAAUCGCGAUUCCGUCAAGGAGCAGCGGAACAAUAACGAACAGCAGGCGCAAGAACAGGAAGAGGAAGAGGAGGAAGAAGAGGAAGCGCCGAUCGUGCCGCAGGAGCAGCAAGAGAAGCAUAACUUCAUCACGAUUCCGAAUAUCAGGGACCCGAAGGUCGACCGGAUCCGGUUGAAGGAGCCGAGGAUCGUGCCGGAAGUGAAGCUCGCGCCACCUGGACCCGACAGGAUCAAGAUAGACAAGUUUGUGCCGUCCAGGAAGCCCGAUCGACUCGCGUCCAAGAGGCAGGAGGACGGCGGAGUGGAGCAACGCGCGCGGGAAUUGCGUUCGUCAACCGAGAACUCUCCGUCCUCUCCGAAGACCGACGUCGGCAGAAGACAGGAGAGGAUAUUGCCGGAAGAAGAGAAGAGAAGAUCGUCGAAGGAAAGGAUAGUCCGGCCUGAGGACGAGACCGAGUUGGAGAUCGAGAUCGAGGAGCUGAAGGACCGUCUGCCGUGCAUCGCUGUCGAUGAGAAGGACCUGAUCUCGAAGUCUGAAGAAAACACGAGGAAAUCCCUAUUGACGCGAAGCCAAAGCGACCGGUCGUUCAGCCGGCCGGAGGUCUCGGCCGGCGACGUGCUGUUCUCGGACACGAUGCGCCUCAGCUUAUGCAAGAAGAUCAAGGAGCCCUCUUCCGUCUAUACUACGCCCAUAUGCGGAGUCACGCGCGAGGACGUCGACGAGGAAGGCCCGAGGAAGGACGAGGCAGGGGAGACCGAGGAAGAAGAAGAAGAGGCAGGCGUCACCGGUGGACUCAAGGGAUCCGAGCGCGAGGUCGAGGCGAGCGAGAACGUUAAGAGCAACCCUGAGAAGAACGCCGACAACGUCGAGAAAGAGGCGGAGCCGCCACCGCCGGACGCGCGCAGCGAUAUUUCCGAUAGCAACGAGCACUUCCGCACAAUGAGACCCACGAGCUGGUCCCCGCCGCCAGGUAGGCAACGCCAUCGCUUCAAGAUCAGCGACUCCGCCGUGGUGGAUCUGGACGAGACUGCCAACUCGAUCAGGGACCACCGCAGGACAAUUUCUUCUGCGUCGACCGCCUCGUGGAACUCGAGCAGCUCGUACGGCUCGUCGAAGAUCGAGAUUGGCUCUCCUGAGAGUAACGUCUGCAAGAUCACGGUGAGCCCGCUCUCGUCGCCGCUCGUCCAUCGUUUGCAGAUUGGGCCGGAUUCCGGGUCGAGAGGGUCCAGAAGGACUUCUAUUCUGAUCAACGGUGAUCAGAGUCCCACGAAUGUGGAGCAAUCGACGCAACCCGGCAACAAGGUGACCAUCAGCGUCGGCGGCGAGGACAGCGUGUGCAAUCCGACGGUGAUCUCCGUGAACUCGGAGAAUCCGCCGAAGAUUCAGAGCUCCGUCGAGAAUCGGACUCUGGUGAUACUGGAGAAUUAUAGGUCGAACAUCGUGGUGGAGUCGGCUGAGAACUCGCGCUCCAAGUCGGUCGCGAAGGAUAAUCACGUUGUCGAGGAUGAAUUCGAGGUGAACUCGAAGACGAGCGACGAAUCACCUUCGACACCCAGCGAAGAGACCUUGCCAUGUCACACGGAGCAGUUAUCUUCGACGAAUUUCGAGAAACAGAAGAGAUUGAGUGUUGAAAUCAAAGCGACGAACACCAGUCAGUCGUCAAGGUCACUGUACGCGGCCGAAGAGAGAACGUCGCGGACAGAGUCCAAGACGCGACUCAAGGAUGUUGAGAAUACCUCCAAGCUGUCCGGUUUGUCGAAGGAAGCCCUUAUUUCCAAGCUGCUCGAGGACUCCUUGCGGAAAGCUCGUGAGAACGGCGAGAUCCUCGACGAGGAUAGCGGCGAGGCGAUUUUGAAAAUCUUGAAACAAAGCCUGUUGAAGAGCAAAGAGUACGAGAGCUCCGAGUCCACUGUUGAGGCCAACUAUUCGAGGUCGUCCAGCUCGGACGGUGACUUCAUCUCGACGAAUCUCUUCCUCGAGGAGAAUCCCUACGAGGUGAUCAAGGAGCCCAUCUACGAGGAGAUACCGGACGAGCCGCCGCCGUUGCCACUGAGCCCGCCGCCCACGGAGGAUUAUAUCAAGGAUAGGAUCUACUUCGGCGACGUCGAUUACUACAAGAAGGUCGCGCCGGGUCAGUUCCUCAGCCCAUAUCUGUCCGAGGAGGUCUUCAAGAAGUCUAACUCGGAGGAUCUGGCCGAGACUUACUUGUCGAAGAGUCCUGAGGACUUCUUUAAGAAAAUGUCGACGUCACCCGACGACGAGAAUAUCUCUACUAAGUUUGAGCUACUGAACUUCCUGAUGGACUCCAAGGAUCGAACGCGUCCCACGGAGGAGGACGAGGAUGACGAUGACGACGAGGAGGAUGACGCUGAGAGAGACUUGGAAGCUCUCUAUGAGCAGAAAGAGACUAGCCUGGGCGAUCUCAGCUCCAAAAGCUCGCAGAUCUCCAACGUUUCCGACAGCAGCGAGGAGUGCAACAUCAUCUUGACCAGUUCACCGGAAACAUUGAAGUCGAGAACAGUCGACAUAGAGAGAACAGACAGCGGAGUUGGUUCGGAGAGCAGUCAAGCCAGCAGCACACGCGGUGUCGCGAGGCGGUGGAGGACGGGCAACGUCUCCUCGGGUCCGGGGAGCCUCCUUGGCAGCAUACCGCAAGUGAUCUCCGGUGCUACGAAGCUGUGCGAGGAUUGCGAGCAACGGCUGGAUCCUCUGAUAACGGACAGCGGCGUGGUUUACGCGCCUUUCGUAUGCAGGAAGUGUUCGAAGAAGCGCGCGGAGCGUAAGGAGAUCAUCACGGAGAUCGUGGAGACCGAGCAGAAGUACGGCAGAGAUCUGCAGAUCAUACUCGAGGAGUUCCACCGGCCGAUGUUGCGAGCGGGCCUUCUCACGUCGGAACAACUAUCGGCGAUCUUUCUCAACGUCGAGGAGCUGCUUGAGCACAAUCUCGUUUUGGCCGAGAAGCUGAAGGACAGCGUAGAGAUCGCUCAGGUAUCCGGGGACGAGGAUCUUCUGACGGUGGACGUGGGCAAGAUUUUCCUCGAAUCGGAGAGAAUGCUGCACGCCUUCGAGAGCUACUGCACGCGCCAAGGUGGCGCCAGUUUGCUGUUGCAAAACUUGGAGAAAGAGAAGGAGCUCCUCCGCAUCUUCCUCAGGGUCUCUCAAAUGGAGAACACGGUCCUGCGAAGGAUGAACCUGAACUCUUUUUUAAUGGUUCCUGUCCAAAGAGUUACAAAGUAUCCGUUGCUACUGGCACGUUUGCUCAAAGCAACACCUUCCGUUCGACCGGACAUUCAAGAGGCGAAGAAAAGACUCAAGCAGGCUCAAACCAACAUCGAGUUGCACUUGGAACACAUGAAUGCUGAAGCGAAGGACGUUACGUCGACGAAAUUGUGGAGGAGAAUAUCGAUCAUCCAAAACGGUAGACGGUCCAUCGGCGAACAGGAUAUGGUGAACAUCAAGCUAAGAAAGAUGGCCGUCGAGAUUCUGGAAUGGGCUCACGAGGAGGCCAGGUUUGUUCUCGAAGGCCGCCUUCUGGUGGCGCAGCCGACUGACAAUAAUUGGAGGCGCGGUCGAACUGUCAAACUCGCGCCCGUCACUGCCAUGCUUGUUACUAACGGCAAGCCGAAUGCCGAGUAUCUCGAAUUUAACGACGACUCGCUCUUCCCGAAGCACAUAGGCAUUAAAGAAGCGACUCUGCUCUUGGUUAAAGAGAAACUUGGGCGAUAUUCCUUAUUACGAGAGCCGUUGUAUCUCGACAAGUGCAUAGUAUGCUGUGAAACGGAUCUCGAAGAUUAUUUCGAGAUACAGGAAUUGUCUUCCAAGGAGACGUUUAUAUUUAAGGCGGAGGACGGCGUGAGAACGAAAAGAUGGUGCAGAACGUUGCAGGCUCACGCACAGUCCCUUGGUGCUUGGCGCAAACGUCGAGGAGCACUUCCCAACAUCAUGAUCUGCGGCGUGGCGAGGAAUUAACGAAGACUUAGACGUAGUUAGGCGUAUACGCGACGUGCCUGGCGCGCUUCCAAUCGAUAUCGAAGAUAAUAGAAAAGGCUUUUCCUGCGUAAACGGCGCGAAAGAUCCUAAGUGACCACACGAAUUCGUGUGCAUGAUCUCCGGAUGAAUUAGUAAUGAUUUAUUGGAGGAGAAGUACGCUGGACCAAAGGAUUUCCUCGGCUCGCUUGACGCGUCCCCGUCGGCGCUGUCGACGAGCGACACGAAAGUCUAGUUCUUUACCGAAUUCGAGGUAAACCACCUGUGUUCGGUUACAGUGCGUAGCAGAAACUCGAGUUUCCUACAUCACUGUAAUUAAGAAUAUUUGCAAUGGCAUGUGUGCAGGCUGCGAGCCGCACACACAACUUUCAUCCGACAUCCAUCGAUUCCUAAACGAAUAACUCUAAGUACACAUACAUAAUAUAUGUUUGCAUAUACGUAUAGGAUUAUUUAAAUACACGUAUGAUUAUUAUUCUUCAAAAAGAAACGAACACACGACGAGUAGCUGUGAUAUCGACCGGUGUGUUGUGAGUAUCCGUUUUCUUUUCGCAGAUUAUUUUGCGCGCAGACGUUCCCGCCUCGUUGACCUUCCAUCGUGCGCAAGUUUUCUUACCGCGCGUUGCGAGAACGAAAAUAAUAAGGUAGACUCUUCGUUAGAUCCGAGGUAACAGGGUUCGCGGAGUAUAGUAAUGGACAGUUCAUGUGAAUUGAGGAUAACAGGGUGCCGUGCUGCGUGUCGCGAUUCUAUGUACGCGAUCGACGCGCGAGCGCUGAGAAUUCGUAAAGCUAGGAAUACUUAUUCUCCUCUCCCUUCUGCAAUUACUCUCCUUUAAAAUGAUUAACAGUAUUUUUUACUUUACCACGCCUAACAUUCGCAAACUACAAAUUGUGUACAUUGUACAAUAUUUCAUUUAAGCGCUAAGCCAUACGUGUAUGUAUAUAAAUGUAUAUUUACAGAUGUCCUCACAACAGUUCUAACCGAAAUUCAUUGUAACGAAUUAAUUAAUUUGCUCCACUACACAAUUGCUGCGAUUUAAUAAAAGUGAUGUAAUGCGCGUU